GCCGAAAAUACAGCCUUUUCUGCCGCGGGCGAGGAUGUGAUCACUCGGAAAAUUGAGAUAGAAAAGGAGAACCUGGCAGAUAAACUAUCUCCAGAGGAGUUUGAAGAACAUUACGACAUUGAGCGCACAACGAAAGAAAUCAUCGAAGGAGACUACAAGCGAAUAGCUCUGCAAUUUCCAGACGAGCUUCUCCACGACUCGGUGCCCAUAUAUCGCACACUCAAACAUCGUCUGGGU